AUCUGUUUCCACAAAGUAAAAGGUUUGUGUUGAAGAUUUGGGUGUGUUCUUCAUUAACAAUCUAUCACAUUUGCAUAUGCAAUAUGCUUAUCCUGCUUUGCAUUCUCCACGUCCUCGUGAAUGGCCCAACUCUUUGCUUUGGGAAUAAGGUUGAGGACAAAUUUUUAAAAGUUGGAGAAGAGCUGUGGAGAGAAACUAUGCCAUUACAAGGUGGCUCUCGCUUUUAUCAAUUACAAGGUCUGAAACCCCAUACGUGGUAUGAAGUGAAGAUAUCAUAUCCAGCUUCUAUACCUGCAAGCUUUUCCAUACAACUGAAGAGAAACAAGUCGGAUGGGGUGCUGAACAAUAACAGGAGAUUGCUCAACACUGAAAAGCUAAUUUUUAAGACCAGUAGCAAUCAGGAUGAAUUCCAGUUAAUAUUAGUAACCGUCGAGCCAGAGGGGUUUCCAGCAAAACUGCAUGUAGCAGAGAGGCAAUUUAUCAUCUUUAAUAUAGUAUGUGAUGAACUAUUAUUAGGCAUACCCCACAAAGCUUGGUGGGUAGUGGCACUGGCUUUACUCGGUCUUGGAAUUGCAUUCAUCGUUCCUUCUUUUCUUCCAUUAUAUUUGUUACCAAAGAACCAAGUCCCAAGGACAAAUGAUCAUGUUUCGAAAACUUCUUGAUGAGUCUUCAAGGAAGAGAGAGUGAUUGUAGGAAUUGAUUGAUUGUCUCAAAUGCUGUGACUCUGAGGCACGUCUGCACAUGGCUUGUGGCUACUAAUUUUUCUUCCAUUGUAGGAUUGUUUGGAUGUCACCUUGUGGCUACUAAUUUUUAAACUUCCAUGAACCAUGUUCCACAAGUCAUCAUAUUUGAUGUGUCUAAAAUGCAAGAGAACUUCAGGAUUUGUUGUCUCCGUCAUAUUUUACUUGUGAUGAAGCUCUUAACUUCAUUUAUACUGUUAUCUUAGAAACCUGCUACAUUAAUUAACUUUUUGUCCUUCCCGACAAUGAACUUAAGUGGUCUUUUGGGACAUUAGUUCAACAUGUGAUGUCUUCAAUAUCAAUUUACAUUGAAUAGCCACUAGCCAGUAACAUUUUA